GCGCGGGGGGUUGGUAAGAUAGUGGCACGUGCGGCGGCUGCUGAGUGGGAGAAGCCUCGUUGUAGGGGCGCGCGCGCGGCCUUUGUGACGCGUGAGGAGCGGAGGCGAUUGAGCGCCUGCAGCAUGGGAGACGAGGACUGGGACACCGAGAUCCAGGGCCGCGUGGCUUCCUUCGUACCAAACUUCCAGCCGCUGGAUGAUAAUUCUGGAAGAACCAAUGACCACUCUUUUAACUACAAUCAAAGCAUAAAUUCAGCAGAUGCUGGUGUGGGACCUAUCAGAAACCAACCCAUGCGGGGUGGUUUUGGUACUGGAAGGAGUUUUGGGAACAGAGCUGCAUUGGGAAAUAAAUUUGAAGAAAGAAACAACUCUGGAUUUCAGAGAGACUCUACUGGAGACAGCCAAUCAAGAAGCAGAACACUUUCCAGGAGAGGAGCAGGUUUUCAAGAAGGGAACUGUUCAGAAAGAUCUGGUACACAAAGAAGAGGUACAGGCGGUUUCAGAGGUGGUCGUGGAGGAUUUGGACAAAGUCACAUUAACGAAAAUGAGCAACAAGAGCAGCAGUCUGGUAGCAUCUUUAUCUCUAGGAGAGGAGGAUUUGGUGGUCCUACAGGUGAUAAUGACAAUAACAAAAGCAGAGGAUUUGGAAGACAAGGGGGAUACAGAGGUUACAAUGAAGAAGUAAUUGCAGGUUCAGGAAGAAGUUCUUGGAAGUCAGAUGGUGAAAAUGAAGAUGGUGAUUAUCAAGGUCCAAAGGUGACCUAUGUGCCUCCACCUCCACCUGACAAUGAAGAAGCCAUAUUUGCACACUACCAGACAGGAAUUAAUUUUGACAAAUAUGACACAAUCCUUGUGGAGGUCUCAGGACUUGAUCCUCCUCCAGCAAUACUGACUUUUGAAGAAGCUAAUCUUUGUCAAACGUUAAUCAAGAAUAUUGCUAAAGCUGGAUAUUCAAAACUGACGCCGGUGCAGAAGUAUAGUAUUCCCAUUAUUCUCGCAGGGAGAGAUUUAAUGGCAUGUGCCCAGACAGGAUCUGGAAAAACAGCAGCCUUUCUUUUGCCAAUUUUGGAUCAUAUGAUGAAAGAUGGAAUAACUGCCAGUCACUUCAGAGAACAGCAGGAACCAGAAUGUAUUAUUGUAGCCCCAACUAGAGAACUAAUAAACCAGAUCUUUCUCGAAGCAAGAAAGUUUGCAUAUGGCACUUGUAUAAGGCCAGUCGUGAUAUAUGGAGGUACGCAAACAGGUCAUUCAAUUCGUCAGAUAAUGCAAGGCUGUAAUAUAUUAUGUGCUACUCCAGGAAGGCUUAUGGACAUCAUAGGUAAAGAAAAGAUUGGACUGCAUAAAGUGAGAUAUCUGGUGUUGGAUGAAGCUGACCGUAUGCUUGAUAUGGGUUUUGGUCCAGAGAUGAAGAAAUUAAUCUCUUGUCCAGGCAUGCCAUCAAAAGACAGGCGUCAAACACUAAUGUUUAGUGCCACUUUCCCAGAAGAAAUUCAAAGGCUGGCUGGAGAAUUUUUGAAGCCUGAAUAUUUAUUUGUUGCUGUUGGACAAGUGGGUGGAGCCUGCAGUGAUGUUCAGCAGACCAUUCUUCAAGUUUCUCAGUAUUCCAAGAGAGAGAAACUGGUUGAAAUUCUACAAAGCAUAAGAGAUGAGCGAACCAUGGUCUUUGUGGAAACAAAGAAAAAAGCAGACUUCAUUGCAACUUUUCUUUGUCAAGAAAAAAUAGCAACCACCAGUAUUCAUGGUGAUCGAGAGCAGAGAGAACGAGAAGAGGCUCUUUGGGAUUUUCGCUCUGGAAAAUGUCCUGUGCUUGUUGCAACUUCAGUAGCCGCAAGAGGCCUGGAUAUCGAAAAUGUUCAACAUGUUAUUAAUUUUGAUCUUCCUUCCACUAUUGAUGAAUACGUUCACCGAAUUGGACGAACUGGACGCUGUGGGAACAUUGGCAAAGCGAUUUCUUUCUUCGAUUCUGUUUCAGACAGUCACAUAGCCCAACCUCUGGUUAAAGUUCUUUCAGAUCAUGGCUGGAAGAAAUUGCUUUUAGUACUCAUGGAAUGGGCUUUAGCAAUCCAAGAGGAAAUAUCUUUGCAUCUGUUGAUACUCGAAAAACUUUCCAAGACAAAGACAUGAACGCAGGAGGAUUUACUAUGUCAUACGCUACAAGUGCAGCUGAAUCGUGGGAUUAAGACUAACAAGUUCCAAGUUACAGAUUUUGGUUUUCAUAAAAAAGCUUUCAUUUUUUAAAAACUUGUGAAAUGAGUGAUGUUGCACUUAGCUAGGCAGGAAAGGAUUUAGUUAUGUAAAAUAUUUAAUGUUUACAGAACAGUUGGUGUUACUGAAAAGUGGUGGUUCUAUCAAAAAAUGUGGAUCUACUAAAUGUAUAGUGUUCCAUAAUUUGAUUGCUACUUUUGGAAUACUUUGAGAGACAUUUUAGCAAGUUUCAUGUGUCCUGGAGCAAGACUUCUGUUCUUGAAAAUAUAUUACAGUAACUAUCAUUAAGUGUGUUUACUGAUUAUACUUUAGCAAUGAGUAUUCUUUGUUGCGGAAUGAGUGAAAUUUCCCUUAAUUGUGUUUAUUCCUAAAAUGAAAACAGUAGUUUGGUCCAAAUUACCAAAGUCACAAAUCCAUGGCCUAUAUGUGAACUAAACAACCAUUACAAAAAGAUGCUUUGAGAAUGAAUAUUCCAACAUACAAGACUUAAAUUUAAAAUUGUAAUUGCACAAUAAUUGAACUUUACAAAUUUGUCAAAGGUAAAAUAGUGUGUGCGCCAGAUAACAUCAUGUUAGCCUAUAAAGAGCUAUUGCAGAUGACUGCUUGUGAACAUACUUAAUAAAAAUGUGAGGGUCA